AUGGCGCAAAUAUUCAAAGGGUCAGAUUUGUUACACAAUGAAGAAUUGAGGAAAAAGUUAAAGGCUCACAUUAGAGCGAAUUGCCUGGUGGGAAUGCCAACUGAAACGGUAUAUGGACUAGGAGGGAACUCGUUGAGUGAGCAGUCUUUAAGAAAUAUAUUUCAUAUGAAGAAUAGGCCUGUUAGUGAUCCAAUCAUUUCUCAUGUGCAUGACCUAAACCAAGCGUUUGACCAAUUAUACCAUGUGAAUGUGUUCGAGAAAUUUGUUAUAUUUAUUUUAAGUAAAUAUUUUUGGCCUGGCCCCUUGUCCAUAAUUGCAAAGGCGAAAAAGGAGGUGCCUUUAAUCCUGACGGCUCAUACAGGGUUCUGUGCUGUGAGGAUGCCCAGGAAUAAUAUCGCCAUGGAGAUUAUAAAAGUGAGCCAUGUUCCAAUUGCAGCUCCUUCUGCUAACAAAUUUCAACACAUCAGUCCUACCACUGCCGCUCAUGUCUUUCACGAAUUUAAAAAUGAAAACAUACUAAUCUUUGACGAUGGGCAGUGCGACGUAGGGAUAGAGUCUACUGUGUUGAAGCUGGUCAAGUAUAGGAGGAGGGGCAGUGGCCAGCCGACCCGCGUCACACAACGUGGAGGGCAAACAUGUGAGGCGACCCAACCGAAGGAGCCCCCCCAAGAGGAAGAAGUCACCACCGAUGAGGAAUACGAAAAGGAGUGCAAAGAGGACAUGGACUUUUUGCGCACAGUCACGGGAAUACCUGCGUCGCCAACGGAUGUCGAGGUUUACAACAAAUUGAAAAGUCUCUUUGAGGCCAUUGCGGGGGGUGAAGCAGGUAAGGACAGUGAACUGCCAGACAAGAACGAAUCUGCCCUGUUGGAAAAAAUCCUCAAGUACAAGAACCUGUACCAUUAUGGUAUUCGAAUUUUUCGAAGAGGAAAAUACACGAAGGAGCAGAUUGAGGAGGUCCUUAGAUCCUCUCCCCUGUUAAGAGACGUACAGGUCGAUUUGUAUGAAAAGAUCAAAUUUGAAAAGGCGGCCAUUUUGCGCUGUGGGGAAGGUGACAACGUGGGUGGCGAAGUGGAUGGCGCGAUGGACAAUUGCCUUUCCACUACCCUACGUGUUAACACUGCGGAGGAGGCGACGCAGAAUGAGGUGAGCCCAGGUCUACUCCUCACCCAUUACAGCCCGGUCGUGUCGACGUACCUACUCGACGGUGUGCCGGAUGGAGGAGACGAAAGUGGCUCAAGGAGUAAAAACUCAAUUGGGCGAGUCUGCUUGGCCAAGUGCGUCCUGCUAGACAUUGGCAACUCUUUUGAAAAUCACCAAAGGGACUUCCUCAAAUAUAUUAACAUUUCAUACGAAGGAGUGGACACCAAAGAAGAACAAACAAGGGUGGUGAUGAAAAACUUUUUCCUUUUCUUAAGACAAGCGGAACAGCUAGCCAUAGAACACCAAACUCAGGGAAUCCUAAUUUCAAUAGUAAAUUUGAAGUGCGUAGAUGAGGGCAGCCUCUCCAUUUUCGACAGAAUUUUCAGAGCAGCUUCGGGCAAAGUACUGAAGGUGGCCGUGCCCCAGGGGGGACCGCUGCGCCUGCUUUAG